AUGCUGUAUAAGCGCGGCAAUCAACGGUCGCAAGCCGAAAUGAACUGCUUCGGGAGAGCUAUGGGAUGGCGCCGCUUCGACUUCAUGGGUAUUUUCCCCAGAGUAAUGGACCUUCCUGGACCUCGCCAUAUCAGCCAUAAAUCCGUAGAAAUGGCAGAUCCACGCCUCAAAAAACUUCCUAUGGAACUUAUUGAUAUGGUUCGAUCUUAUUGCCCAGAUGCCUAUUUUUGGAAUGUGGUGCAGCUCCUGUACUUACAAGGUUUUGUUUCUCCGGCCCGACCUGUGAUCGAAAAGAAUAUCUCCCGCAUUGCGCGUUGGAAGCGCGGCGACGAUGACGAUUUACCAGUCGAAGGGGAACCUCUAGGAGAUAGCGAAUAUCUUCUCAUCAGUCUUGAUCCGGACGGUAUACGCGAGAUCCAGAAACUUCCCAAACCCAAACAUCCUCGUCCAAACCACGAUACCCUUUUGACGCCCAGGAAGUACGUUGUCGCCAACAACCAAGACCUUGAAUCCGUCAAAGUCUACUUCUAG